GCACACACAUCCACUUCUUCCCUCCCAGUAAACCUCACUCUCGACUCCCAACUCCUCCCACCUUCUGGGUCUUCUUCUUGCAACCGCCACCACCACCACCACCACCACCACAUUGAGCGAAAUCGUGCGGGAUCGUGCGCAUCUUCGCCUAGGAGAUAUUACUACAAGCACUAAGUCUAUCCGGAGUUGCGUUCUUAGAAACCAUGAGUUCUGGAUUGGACUCGCCCCUCUCUUCGCUUCUGUCCUCACCCCCCGCCAGUGACGAUGAGAUCAGUCCUCCUAGCCCCGUCGCAGCAGCAGUUACCAAAGGAAAAGGAAAGGGGGUAUCGAGAAUGAAGUCUGCUCCUAAGAAGAGUGUGAAGGGAAAGCAGCAGCAAAAGCUACCUUUCGUCCGCAAAGCCUCGACUCCUCCGCGCAAAGUUAGAAAGAAGGAGCCUCCCCAUGUGCCUACACUCGCAGAUUCGCCAGAACUGGCGUUUAUUGUCAUGUUCCGUUCUCGCUUUUCCGACGCGUUCAAAGGCGUUCCCAAUCUGGGUUGUCAAGACAUUGAGCGCGGAAUCGUGGAUUCCACACCAUCCGAGCAGAUCGAGCAACUCCUUUGCAAACUUCUGAGCUUGGUAUUGAAUAGGAAGAAACCGGUUGAGUAAGUUCUUUCUUUCUCCUUUCUCUUUUUUUUUUUUCCUACUUGGCGCUUUUCUCCAUUUAAUUUCUCUUCAGUUAUGUUCAUGCCCUUUAUUUAUUUAUUUAUUUAUUUAUUGGUCCUAUGCAACGGGCGGGUAGCUUGUGCACAGAUCUUCUUUGGAUUGUGGUGAUGGGUUGAAUGGUAGUUUGUUCUAAUUUGUGGGAUUUUUUUUCUUUCAUCACAGGCGUGGCCAUAACCAACGUGCCUUGGAGGAAGCAGCCAACGCACACCGAAAUCAAUGGCCUGCGUCUUGGGAGGGAAAGAGCCCGUUUUCCGGCAACAAGUCUUUUGGUGAUCUGGAUACAGCUCAACGUGUGAGUACCAUUCUUCAGUCUUCGAAUGCUGUUGUUUAUCCAAGAGCGAAACUAAUGAAGCGGUGCGAUAAUAUAGCUGGAGAUUCUUGAGGCAUUGAUUCAUUGGAGUUUGAGUUCCUCGGAGGUCAUUCGCGGUAUCAUCAACGAUUCGUACAAGGGCAGUCGACGCGACGAUGACCUGAACGUACCAUUAUCCGUUCAACCAUGGGGCAGAGAUGCGGACAAGCGCAGAUAUUGGUUGAUUGAAGGAAGAGGUUCGGAAUUGUUCCCAUAUCAUCCCCCCCCGGAUCUGGACUGACACGCGGAGGAACAGACGAUACUCCCUUUCGUCUUUACAGGGAAUCGAAUCCUGCGUUGAAGACCCAUACUUGGAUUUCUGUUGCCGGCACUAUUGAGGAGAUCCAGACAGUCGCUAAGGAGCUUGAGGAAGAGGAUGGUUCUAAACAUGCAUUGGCUUUGAAGGAGAAAAUUACUGGUGCCAUACCUCGCUUUGAGGAAGGCGAGACCGUAUGUAUAAUUCAGGCCUCACGCUGAUAUAAAUGCUAAUAUGUGAUCAACAGAGGCGCAAGAAGCGAGAAUAUCGUGCAUCAAGAAAGGCAUUCUUCAACCAGCCCAGCGGAGUCUCACUUUACGAAGGCCGUACUCGUGGGAAGCGCAUUAGAUACAAUUUCUCCACUGACGAGGAGGGUGGGAAAGAGACAUCUGAACCGGAUGACAAUCGCUCCAGGCGUAGUGCGCGUUCCAACAAAGGAUCUCCUGCCCCACAUCCGCAACCGCAACCCCUGGCUCCAAUAUUCACAGCAUCUGGCAGGCAGAUCCGCAAACCGGUCACCGGUGAUUAUGGCGAAGUAAAAAUCAAUGGUAGCAAUGGAACUGCCACUGGAGGCCGUGGCACUCCCUUCGGGAGCGAAAAUGGGGAUUACAAUAAUCGUGGACUUCCGUUUGUCGGCGUUGUCGUGUACAAGGGUGACGAUAAGGAUGACAAUGAAGGAGACGACGAACGAGAGGAGUCUGAGGACGAGGCUGGCUGGGGAUCUGGACCAGAUGAAGCUGAAGAUAAGGACGCCCCGAGAAGGUCUCUUAAGAUCGUAUUCAAAAUUCCCAAGGCUCCUGGUUCGGCUGAUGAUGCUUCGCUCGCUGCUGGGAACAAUGGUGUUGUGUCUCCAAGCAAAGUUCACCAAAUUGUUCGUGUCGCCGGGGGGGAGCCUACCCCAAUCCAUACUCCAGUUCCUCAAGGAAAUGGCGUCAAAUCCAAUGGAAUACGUAAAAAGGACACCGAAGAUAUCACCAUGAAUGAUAUCGAGCCAAUCAAGGAAGUCAACCCCGCCGUCAAUGGUGCAAAGCCACCUGUCGAUCAGAGAAAGGGCCUUUCGGCCUAACUUGAACCGCUGUCCCUGUUUAUCAUAAGCCCCGCGCCAUAUCUCUACGUUUUUCACUGCUGCAUCUAAGGAUCAGGAGAAAUGGUCGAGGCUUUCGAAAUGCAUGCAUACCAUAAACUGUAUGAUAACUAUUUUUCUUUUUUCUUCCUUUUACCAUGAUCAUAACUAGCUUUUUAAAAAUCGGUAUGGUACGGGGUGGGAUUAAAAUGCUGAUAUGGGUUUCUGUUUUGCUCUUCCUCUGCCUUGCUGCUAGUUUCUACUUUUUCCUGUCGGGCGUAUUACCUUACGGUACGCAUUCCAUUUGAUCUUCGAGCUCCAGUGGGUGGGUGAGUGGGUGGUGUUUUUGAUUACAAGUGUUGGCGGGUAUAAAUUAAGGGGUGUAACGUAUAUGCAAUAUGGUGGAUUAUGGACGAGGCGCGUAUAGUAUAGGAAAGUGGGAGAGAAAAAAAAGGGGGUGAGUUAUGAUACAAGUUAUCGCUACAGGGUUUCUUUUUUUCUUUCUUUUCUUUGUAAGCUGGCGAAUGUAUAGAUAAAGGCGUCUAUCACUAGGAGAGCUCAAGAUUCGGGGGGAAGGAAAGGAAGUGCGUGGAAGGGGGAGGGGGAUCGCAGGAACACCUACGGUACUGUGGCAGAUUAGUUUACAAUACCUAACUUACAGUAAUUUCUUUAUCGAAGUCGGGGGUGCCUUUGCUGUUCCUUGCCUACUGUACCGUACUGAAAAAAUGCAUGGAAUUCUGGAUCUUUUACCGUACUCGAGUUUAAUGAUGUCGGCCAAAACACAUGUGCCCAAAUCACAGUUUCUAGCCAUGAUACUGGUACUCGUAGGUGCGGUAUGGUAUGGUGGGAGACAGACUAAGCCCCAGGCCC